CUUCCCCCACCCCCAGCAAGGAACCGGGGUGUGUGUGUCUAGAAUUAAAAUGACCCCCUAUGCAGGGAAUAAUCUCUGUCCCAACAGGAUUAGGGGGGGCUGGGAGCCAGGACGCCUGGGUUCUAUCCCAGCUCAGGGAGGGGAGUGGGAGGGCUGAGAGCCACUGAGUGGAAGUUUUUGAGAGUUCCCUGCCCCCCAUUAUCCAGCCCUGGGGCAUUUCCGUCCCCCUCAACUUAUGGGGGCCCCUCUCUCGGGGGAGGGGUUGUUCAGGCACAAGCUCCGUCUGUGACCCCCCCGUUCUCCUUCGGUCUCUCCUCCCUGCUGGAUUGUUUUGGGGUCCCCCCAGCCCAGGGCAGCUGGCCAGGUGCCCCCCCUUCGCGCUCGACACCCCCAGCCCUGACCAUGACCCUGUUGGCCUCCGAGCGCUCCAUGCUGAUCCGCAGCAAGUUCCGAUCCGUGCUGCAGCUGAGGAUGCAGCAUCGCAGAUCCCAGGAGCAGCAUCUCCUGACACCUCUGACCAAGCCCCCCCCAACCUACCUGGAGGUGAACGGGACCCCAGAGCAGAGUCGGGCCGACGAGACCCUGAAGGUGAAGGUCCAGACGAGAACCCACAAAGUGGGAGCUGCCAAGGGCCAGUUCACAGAAGAGUCUGGGGGGGACCCCACAGAGCGGAAGGAGAAGAAGACGCGUCUGGCCGAGGAUCUGAAGGAGAAACUCCUGCAACGGCCGGGGCCACUGGAACUCGUGACGAAAAACAUCCUUUCCUUGGACGCCAGCCUCAAAGAUGCUGUGAAAGCUGAUCCAGCCCCUGCUGCCCCUGGGACCUUCCUAUUAGACGAGGAUCUCAGCAGCUCGUCAUCGUCAUCGUCGUCCUCCUCUACUUCCCCGCGCUUCACCCCCUGCCUGGGGGCCCCCCCCCGGCAACCCAUCCGCCCCCUCGGCCUCAGGGGCCGCUGUCCAGCCAGAGCUGCUGUCGAUCCUGGAGUCCCAGCCCCCGUCAGCGCUUGCCCCGGACCCCGAAUCCCAACCUCCUGGGGGCGGUCCCCCGGCUAAGGCCCCGGCCUUGCUGCCCAAGGGCCCCCCACGCCCCAAGAAGGCGAAGGAUCCCAAGCCCAAGGUGAGGAAGCUGAAGUACCAUCAGUACGUGCCCCCUGCGGCCCGGCCCCCCCGGGCCCCGGCCCCCCUGGACGCCGCCUACGCCCGCCUGCUCCAGCAGCAGCAGCUCUUCCUCCAGCUCCAGAUCCUGCAGCAGCAGCAGCCGCCGGUCCCCCCGGGGUCCCCCGCAGCGCUGUGUGUGCCGGCCCUGCACCCCCUGAG